GAGAAAUUCAUAAACUCGCGGUGCUCAAGGAGUGAAAUGUUUCAUCGUUUCUUUCCUUCGCUUUCUUCUGAUUUUCCCCUUUUACUUGUAAAAGCAGAGAUUGCUAUUUCUGAAGAUUGAAGAACCUCGAUCAGCGUUUUGACAAUUGACAACACCUAAGAGGACUUAGAUUUUCAUCGUUUUCAUCUCAGUAGAAACUAAGCAGGUUUUCGCUGCUUUCCUUUCAUUCUUCACUCUUCGUUAUUACAGUGUUCCAGUAAAACUAAAAUCAAAAUUACAAAAUAGAUACAUGUGAGCUUAGCGAAUAUGGAAUGUGUGGUUCAGGGAAUUAUAGAGACACAGCAUGUUGAGGCUUUGGAGAUUCUUCUUCAAGGACUAUGUGGUGUUCAGAGAGAACGAUUGAGGAUACAUGAAAUAUGUCUCAAGAGUGGUCCCCAUCUGGGCAGUGUAACCUCAGAAGUUCGACUCCUGUGUGACCUAGAGCAAGCUGAACCUUCGUGGACUGUUAGACAUGUAGGUGGUGCAAUGAGGGGUGCAGGUGCAGAGCAAAUUUCUGUUCUGGUUAGGUCAAUGGUGGAAAGCAAAACAAGCAAAAAUGUUCUUCGUUUGUUUUAUACACUGGGUUACAAAUUAGAUCAUGAGCUUCUGAGGGUGGGAUUUUCCUUCAAUUUCUACCGGGGUGCACAAAUCACUGUAACAGUUUCAUCAAUCAAUAAAAUGCUGAAGUUGCAUGCAACUGACGAGGCGGUGCCAGUAACACCUGGUAUACAAAUGGUCGAAGUAACAGCACCUGCAGUUGCUGAAACCUACACUGAAGUUGCUGCUGCUGUAUCAUCCUUCUGUGAAUACCUUGCACCGCUUCUCCACCUGUCCAAACCAGGCAUUUCAACCGGUGUUGUACCUACUGCUGCUGCAGCUGCUGCAUCUCUAAUGUCGGAUGGCGGGGGCACAACAUUAUAGUGAGAUUGUAUUGUUACUUUAAGAAACACAAUUUAUGUACAUCACUUGCUAAAUUGCUUUAAAGACACGUCAACGUAAAAUUUUCACUUCACAUGAACAUGUCAAGUUUUAACAUUGGAGUAUGCCGUGUAUUUAUGAAUUGCUUCGUGAUC